AGACCUGAUCGUACCUGUGCUGAUGUACCUAUUCACCUACCCGAUGCUACCACUUGAAGCUUGAAGAGCUGGACAAUAACAUGCAUAUUUUAAGUUAUAUAAUGAUCUGUGAUAUUGUAUCUUUCGUGACAACAAUAUUUUCUCGUAGCGUAUAAGGACACGGCAACACAACCUCUCAAAUACCCGAGUCAUAUUUGAUAUUUCGGUACCUUCUUGUGUGUGUACCCCACGAGGCUUUCUCAGCUUCAAGAUAUUGUGCUUCCCUAACCUCCCCAGUAUCAAGAGCCCAUACAGGAUGCGCGAAAGACCCUCCACUCGCCAUGGAUACGCCCCCGUCACAACACUGGAUACCGAACGUAAUUCCCGAAUUACGUUCAAGGCCGUCGAAAUCAUGGCUGCGUUGAUUCACGACUGUCUCGUGGGCAUUGAGACUCUGGUUAACGAGGAGAAGCGCCCAUCACUUUUCCUUAACCGAGGCGCUUUAGUUUCUCUUGCCAUACAGAAACUUGAUCUAGACGAUCAUGUCACCGAGCAGGGCUUCAGCCACAUUCCAUGCCUCGCAGAAAUACGCGAUCACAUUAUCGAUGGCACUCGUGUUGAUACUGUUCGCCAUCGGUUCCAGAUAUUGCAGCAGCUCCGAAGCACUAUGUGGGAUGCAGCCCGGGAUUGGACCGAUACUAUGCUUGGCAGUUGGCUAUUGCGCACGACAGACAAUGUUGGCUUUCAUCUCCGAGUAUACGAUUUUGUGAACGAUAUCCAUCGCAGCCUCGGUGUCUUUCCCAUCGAUAAACAUGCACUUCGGGAUUAUCAGGAUACGAUUCGAGACUUUUUAUGUGUCCGUCUGAGAGUCGGCGUUCCCGUAAUCAGUGAGGAUCGCAACGGGCAGCUCGGAGAUCAGCGAAUGGCAGCCCUCCUAUACGAUGUACUUCAAGGGCUUCACGCCCUUUUACACGAUCGCCGCAGUCACGGGAAUAUCCUGGAACGACUCGUCUCAUUAGAUGCAGAUGAUCUAUUUACUGAAUAUACUGUCGGGUUUGACGAAGAACUGGUUAUGGCUCGAGAUAUAGUCUGCGGUAUCCUUCCCGGCCCAUCCAUCCUUAUUUCGAAACUGCUCUGAGGAAGUUCUACAUUCCAGCGCUUAGGACUCCAGAGAUGAUUCGUUUUUUUCAUGACAGAAAAGAUCUUCAGAAAGUAUGCGAAGCCGUGGCUUCGGAAGGACCGCAUAUAAUUGAGGAACUUGACACUGCGCGACACGCUGUUCGUACUAUCUUAGAUGACCUCAACGAUCUUUCGCGGGCGUCUGCGACUGAAAAUGGUCGAAAUGGAACUCCACAUAAUGCACCUUCCACGACUACUCUGGAUCCUGUUGAAGAUGACAGGCCAGCCUCAUCAGUCCGUCGUCGAGUCUGUUCUAGGUCUCGUUCUCGACAUAGAACAAAGUGAAGACAUGAUCAUGUUCACCAUGUUCACCAUUUACACUGGUGCGAUUC